AUGCCAUUGCUUGCCGGAAAACUCAUUACCCAGAACGGGCUGGGCCUCAUGCGCCUGACCUGGGUAGCCGGUCCUACCCCCGAUGAGCAAGCCUUCAAAAUCCUCAAAGCCGCUCUUGAAGCAGGUGCCAAUGUCUGGAACGGAGCCGAUUUCUACGGUACCCCAGACAACAACUCUCUGCAUCUGAUGAACCGCUACUUCACCGCGUAUCCCGAAGACGCAGAGAAAGUUGUGCUGACAAUCAAGAGUGGCAUAGUGGAUAUGCGAACCUUUACCAUGGAUUGUUCCCCAACUGCAAUGCGCAACUUCGUCGAUCGCGCGAAUACAAUUCUCGAUGGAAAGAAGAAGAUUGAUAUUUUCGGUUGUGGACGCGUUGAUAAGAACGUACCUAUCGAAGAAACAGUUGAUGCAUUGGCAGAGUUAGUUCAUGAAGGGAAGAUCGGUGGUAUUCAGUUGAGCGAAGUUAGCGCUGAUACGAUCCGACGUGCGGCCAAGGUGACGAAGAUUGAUAUGGUCGAAGCGGAGAUUAGUCUCUGGUCGAGAGACGUAUUUCAAAAUGGUGUCGCGGAGACAUGUGCUGAGCUUGGAAUCACGAUGGUAGCUCAUACACCUUUGGGUGCGGGUAUGCUAACGGGACACAUUAAGAGUGUUGAUGAUAUGCCUGCGGGUUCUUACCACAAACACUUCCCGCGCUUUCAGCCUGAGAAUAUUGAUAUCAAUUUCCAGCUUGUGGCGAGGUUGAAGGAGAUGGCUGAUGCUAAAGGGUGCACGUCUGCUCAAUUGGCGCUUUCUUGGAUCAAAACGCAGAGUAGUCGGCCCAAUAUGCCGCUAUUCGUCCCUGUCGCGGGUGCGAGAUCGGAGGAAAGGGUGAAGGAGAAUGUCAAGGAUGUGCAUUUUUCGGAGGGUGAUCUCCAAGCUAUUCAACUCAUUUUGGAUAAUUUCACUGUUGCUGGAGAUAGAUAUCCCCCAGCUGCUGCCAAGCUCACUGAGUACUAA